AUGCCAAUCACAAUCAAACCAGAACCUGUCGAUGAGGAGGUCAUCAUUGUGGCUCACGUGCGUAACAACGAGGAUCAACUGGCUCCAAUUCGACAAGAACAAAAUGACCGUUUCAUUAUUGAAGAAGUGAAUCGCCUGGUUGCAGCACAUAUGAAUCAACAUCAGGCUUCGGAUAGUGAGAACGAAGCGCCGGUGCUUGAAGCACAAGUUUCACCAGACCAGGUUCCAAUCCAUCAAGUACAUGGAUCUCCUAAUCAGGUUCCAACGCAACGUGUUUCACCGAACCAAGGCCAGGCUCUGAUGCAUCAAGUUCAUGGCUCCCCGAAUCAGGAUCCAGUGCACCGUGUUUCACCUAACCAGGGGCAAUUUCCAAUGCACCAAGUUAAUAACUCCCCGAACCAGGUUCCAACACAACGUGUUUCCCCCGAUCAUGGCCAGAUUCUGAUGCAUCAAGUUCGUGGCUCCCCGAACCAGGCGCAAGUUCCAGUGCAACGUGUUUCGCCUAACCAGGGAUCAUUUCCAAUGCAUCAAGUUCAUGGUUCUCCAAUCCAGGCGCCAGUGCAUCAGGCACAGGUUUCACCAGACGGGAUUCCAAUGCAUCAAAUAAAUGGCUCUCCAAACCAGGCGCAAGUCCCUUUGCGACACAACCAGGUCCCUCUUCCUCCCCAUCAAGGACACAUUCCACCUAACCAGGCGGCCCCGGUUCCAAUUCUUCCGGCACAACGUCCACCCAACCAACCACGUAUGCCUGCCAAUCAGAGACAGGUCCCAGCACGACAAGCCCCACCAAGCCAACGACGAAUCUCGUGUGUUUCCCAGGUUCCUCCACGUCUACGAUAUCCUCCAGAGUAUUACAUUGGUCUUGCUGCUCAACUGACUCCAAUGUUGAUUCCAUAUGCGGAGGAUGUUAACAUUAUCAGGGGAAUGUUGGUAAUGAAAGAGGAAGCUGUCACAUAUGUUCACUUUCAACACGAAGCCGGAGGCGACUUCUCUCCUCCUGAAUUCUACAAAGCGAUCGUCUUCCACCUCUUCAAACUCGCCCGAAAACGGAACCAACAACCGGUUUACCUUUCGAUUUUGCACGUUAUCAUUAAACGUCGCCUACAAGAUGAAAAUCCGGGAGUCCCUAUUCCAGAUUAUCCAAGAUUGGAGCAAAUUGUGCAGGAAUACCAAAGCCACGAGACAAAUCCACGAAGACAGAGUCGUGCUCAAAAACAGGCGCGUCUGCAGGAUUUAUUCGAGCGGAUUUUCGGAGAAACCUAUAUUUUCCUGCUACGAGGCCAUCAAAAGUACGGAAGGGCUCCACAAUCGGUCUUCUUUUUCACCAGGUUCUGCGUGCUCCUGUUCAGUCUUGGUUUGGAUGUGACCCCGUUCCUCGACUUCCACAUUUCUAGAUUACAACGCAAUCUCCCACCGGAUAUCCAUCCAAAUUUCUACCAAUCUAUGAAAACUGCUUUCCAUGAAGCCAUGUCAAAUGCUAACAAUUCACCAUAA